GGGCAAGAGCAAGUGGCGUGGCCGUCUGGUGUCGGUUUCAUUGUUCUUUGGAAUUCCUGCUUUGCAGACAGAGCAAUGGCAGCCCGAGUACUUGUAAUUGGCAGUGGAGGAAGGGAACAUACACUGGCCUGGAAACUUGCACAGUCUCAUCAUGUCAAACAAGUAUUGGUGGCCCCAGGAAAUGCAGGCACUGCCUGCUCUGAAAAGAUUUCAAAUACUGCAAUCUCAAUCACUGAUCACACUGCCCUUGCUCAAUUCUGCAAAGAUGAGAAAAUUGAAUUUGUAGUCAUUGGACCAGAGGCACCUCUGGCUGCCGGAAUUGUUGGGAAUCUGACCUCUGCAGGAGUGCAAUGCUUUGGCCCCACAGCAGAAGCAGCUCAGUUAGAGUCCAGCAAAAAGUUUGCCAAAGAGUUUAUGGACCGACAUGGAAUCCCAACUGCACAAUGGAGAGCUUUCACCAAACCUGAAGAGGCCUGCAGCUUCAUUAUGAGAAAUCUACUUUCCCAGGAGAAAGCUUUUGGAGCAGCUGGAGAAACAAUUGUCAUUGAAGAACUUCUUGAAGGAGAAGAGGUGUCUUGUCUGUGUUUCACUGAUGGGAGGACUGUGGCCCCCAUGCCCCCAGCACAGGACCAUAAGCGAUUACUGGAGGGAGACUGUGGCCCCAACACAGGGGGAAUGGGAGCCUGUUGUCCAGCACCUCAGGUUUCUAAGGAUUUGUUACUAAAAAUUAAAAAUACUAUUCUUCAAAGGACAGUAGAUGGCAUGCAGCAGGAGGGUACUCCAUACACAGGUAUUCUCUAUGCUGGCAUAAUGCUGACCAAGGAUGGUCCAAAAGUUCUGGAGUUUAACUGCCGUUUUGGUGAUCCAGAGUGCCAAGUAAUCCUUCCACUUCUUAAAAGUGAUCUUUAUGAAGUGAUUCAGUCCACUUUAGGUGGCCUGCUCUGCACAUCUCUGCCCAUUUGGCUAGAAAACCACACUGCCAUAACUAUUGUCAUGGCAAGUAAAGGUUACCCUGGAGACUACACCAAGGGAGUGGAGAUAACAGGGUUUCCUGAGGCUCAAGCUUUAGGACUGGAGGUGUUCCAUGCAGGUACUGCCCUCAAAGAUGGCAAAGUAGUGACCAACGGGGGUAGAGUCCUUACCGUAACAGCCAUCCGGGAAGAUUUCCUGUCAGCCCUUGACGAAGCCAAGAAAGGACUAGCUACUAUAAAGUUUGAGGGAGCAGUUUAUAGAAAGGAUAUUGGCUUUCGUGCCAUAGCUUUCCUCCAGCAGCCCAGGGGCCUGACUUACAAGGAAUCUGGGGUAGACAUUGCAGCUGGAAAUAUGCUAGUCAAGAAGAUUCAGCCUUUAGCAAAAGCCACCUCCAGACCAGGCUGUGAAGUUGACCUUGGAGGUUUUGCUGGUCUUUUUGAUUUGAAAGCAGCUGGUUUCAAAGAUCCUCUCCUGGCCUCUGGAACAGAUGGCGUUGGAACUAAACUGAAGAUUGCGCAGCUAUGCAAUAAACAUGAUACCAUUGGUCAAGAUUUGGUUGCAAUGUGUGUAAAUGAUAUUCUGGCACAAGGAGCAGAGCCACUCUUCUUCCUCGAUUACUUUUCCUGCGGAAAACUUGACCUUAGUACAACUGAAGCUGUUGUUGCUGGAAUCGCUAAAGCUUGUGGAAAGGCUGGAUGUGCUCUCCUUGGAGGUGAAACAGCAGAAAUGCCUGACAUGUAUCCUCCUGGAGAGUACGACCUCGCUGGUUUUGCUGUCGGUGCCAUGGAACGGGAUCAGAAACUCCCUCACCUGGAAAGAAUCACUGAAGGGGAUAUUGUUAUUGGAAUAGCUUCAUCUGGUCUUCACAGCAAUGGAUUUAGCCUUGUGAGGAAAAUUGUAGCAAAAUCUUCCCUCCGUUACUCCUCUCCAGCACCUGAUGGUUGUGGUGACCAGACUUUAGGGGAUUUACUUCUGACUCCAACCAGAAUCUACAGCCAUUCACUGUUACCUAUCCUACGUUCAGGACAUGUCAAAGCAUUUGCCCAUAUUACUGGUGGAGGAUUGCUAGAAAACAUCCCCAGAGUCCUCCCUCAAAAAUUUGGAGUGGAUUUAGAUGCCCGGUCCUGGAGGAUCCCCAGAGUCUUCUCAUGGUUACAACAGGAAGGACACCUCUCUGAAGAAGAGAUGGCCAGAACAUUUAACUGUGGGGUUGGGGCUGCCCUCGUGGUAUCAAAGGAUCAGACAGAGCAGAUUCUGAGGGAUAUUCAGCAGCACAAGGAAGAAGCCUGGGUGAUAGGCAGUGUGGUGGCAUGUCCUGAAGGUUCCCCUCGUGUGAAAGUCAAGAAUCUGAUUGAAACCAUACGAAUAAAUGGGUCAGUCUUAGAGAAUGGCUCCCUGAAAAACUAUUUCUCUGUCAAACCAAAAAAGGCAAGAGUGGCUGUCUUAAUAUCUGGAACAGGAUCGAACCUCCAAGCACUUAUAGACAGUACUCAGGAUCCAAAUAGCUCUGCACAUAUUGUUGUUGUUAUCUCCAACAAAGCUGCAGUGGCUGGGUUAGAUAAAGCAGAAAGAGCUGGUAUUCCCACCAAAGUAAUUAAUCAUAAAUUAUAUAAAAAUCGUGUAGAAUUUGAUAAUGCAAUUGACCAAGUCCUUGAAGAAUUCUCCACAGACAUAGUCUGUCUUGCAGGAUUCAUGAGAAUUCUAUCUGGCCCCUUUGUCAGAAAGUGGAAUGGAAAAAUGCUCAACGUCCACCCCUCCUUGCUCCCUUCUUUUAAGGGUUCAAAUGCCCAUGCGCAAGUCUUGGAAACUGGAGUCACAAUUACUGGGUGCACUGUACACUUUGUAACUGAAGACGUAGAUGCUGGACAAAUUAUUUUACAAGAAGCUGUUCCCGUGAAGAGGGGUGACACUGUUACGACUCUGUCUGAGAGAGUGAAAUUAGCAGAACAUAAAAUAUUUCCUGCAGCCCUCCAGCUGGUGUCCAGUGGAACUGUACAGCUUGGAGAAAAUGGCAAGAUCUGUUGGGUCAAAGAGGAGUGAAGCCUCCUAGUUCAGGAAAGGAGCCAGUUUUGAAAGAAUUAUAGCUGUUUGUAUGGUGGCUUUUUAUCAUGGGCUCAGCCCAAAAGAAAAAUGGCUUAAAAAAAAAUUUUAAAAAAGACUUCACCCUUAA